AUGGCCAACAACCCCACAUUCAAACCGUCGCCGUUAUCCUUCGGGUCGCCGAGGGCGUCUCCCUUCCGGCGACCGUCCACUCCCAACUCCCCGCCCUCAGCGACUCGCACAGGAGGCACGCCGGGGAGCUCGCCCAGUCGGGCUUAUACCCCUAUGGUAUCGCCCAGCAAGCUCAAUCAAACAUACACAGUAGAAGAUGGUGAAUCACGUUCUCCAAAGAGCGAGCGGGAGCGGCCAAUUCCGCAACCGGUCUUUAGCAGAGAGCUUUCUCCCUCGCCAACGAAAGGAGCGCGGUCGCCAAACAACACUUCACCAGCUUUGACGAACAGGACUGUUGGCUUUACUGGCGCAGCUAGCGAUGCUGCUGGAAAGCUGCCGGCGCACCAAGUGAGGGAGAUCAGAGAAGCUUUCCAGGUUCUCGAUCGCGACAAUGACGGACUGGUGAACAAGGAUGAUGUGAUUGAUGUGCUGACAACUCUGGGCCAGGAUUCUUCCCCAUCUACGAUCUCGCGCUUUUUCCCACCCGGAGCAGGCCAGACGAUGAACUUCCCAACGUUCUUGAAUACACUCUCCGAGCUUAUGGCAUCAAUGUCGCCCUCCCAAGAGCUUCUCAAUGCCCUUGCCGCUUUUGACGACGAUGACAACGGGCAAAUUGACGUGGCUGAACUACGUGAUGCUCUACUCCACACUGUCCCAGAAGAUGGAGGGAAACCCUUGACUGAGAAACAGAUCGAUGAAGUAUUCAGUGGAUUCACAGGGCGCCCAGCAUUUGUUGGUCGAGGAGCAAAGUCAGGCGGUUUAGGCAAGAGAGGCGAGGUUUUCCAGUAUCAUGACUUUGUACGCAGUAUUGUGGGUGGGGAGAAUGGAAAUAAUGCGAAACGAGAGGGGGAUGUAGCACAUGUAUGA